UACUACUUCACUCCAUCCUUAUCAUCACUACAACGCCGCCACCAUUUCUCUCUUUGUUUUUCGCUUGCAAUUCUGUGAUCAGAGAAUUUGGUGGGGGAUCAUGGAAUCUCGUGAAUCUAAUCGCCGGAAGAUGUCCAUACUUUCGCAAGAUCUCAUCACCGAAAUACUUUCUUUACUACCCGUCAAGUCUCUGAUACGUUUCCAGUGCGUUUCGAAGGCAUGGUUCACUCUAAUCAACGACCCAAAUUUCAUCCAGAUGCACCUUGAGAACAACAGAGAACGCAGUCUCAUUGUAGAGACAAGUUCCAGGUAUUAUUUUGGGCUACAAAAUUACUCCUUCGUAAACUUUUCCAACGAAUAUCGGUUCGACGAGGCGGUGAAGAUCUUCACACCAUUCUAUCGUCGAGAAAAACUCAAAUACAGCCAAGUCAUGGCAGUGAUAGGUUGUUGCAACGGCUUGGUUUGCAUCCGCAGGGGGAUAUUUGAAAUUGUGAUUUGGAACCCAUCAAUAAAAAAAUACAAGAAAUUACGCUUUGAGCCUGUAGACGACGAGCACAAGCUGCAACCCCAUUUACUAGAAGACGAGGGAUUUAAUUUUGCAUUCGGGUAUGACCCAGUCAACAACGAUUACAAAGUUUUAAGAAUUGUGGAAUUUCUGAGAUGCCAUAAGAUUUACAAGGAUCCUCCAACGGCCGUUGAAGUUAAGGUAUAUAGUCUGAAAGCACAUUCUUGGACAAGAGUAGAAGAUGAAUGGCCUCACAAUGACUCACUUAUUUCUUCGCCCCUGUCGGCUCUCACCAACGGUGCUUUCCAUUGGCUGACUGAGAGUGCAACCGGAACAAAAACCCUUCUCGCAUUCGAUCUCACCACAGAGAAAUUUGAAGUGCAAAAGUUUCCGUUCAAAAAUUGUGGAAUUGUGGGUCUUGAGGUUUUGGGAGGAUCGCUCUGUGUUUCUGUGUAUCCUUGGGAACAAGGCAUUGAGGUUUGGAUGAUGAAGGAAUACCGGGUGGCGACCAGUUGGAGUCGGCUUUAUACGGUGCCUGCGACUUUCCGCUACUGCCAAUCACUAAUGCUUUCAGAGGACGGUGAAAAGGUUUUGAUGGAGAACGAUGAGAAGGUUUUCUUUUGGUAUGACAUAAAAAAGAAGACACUCAGGAUCGUUGAGAACCAUCAUCAAAUCUCCAAUUCCAAUUCGGUUUGGACAACGACUUGUUUGAGAACUCGAAGCAGCCUCCUUCUCCUCAAUGGUGAUAGUGAGCCUUGUAUUUCAUAAUGGAUGGAUAAUAUGCAGCUAAACAAGUAGCAGGAGCUUUUCGUGUCUUUAA